UCAACUUCUUUUCCUUUCUAUCCAAACCAACCCACCACCUUCUCUCUUAACAAGAAAAGUCUAUACUCUAUAAAGAAACACAAAAUAUGAGACCUAUUAGCAGCUUUAACGCAAUAAAAACAGCGAGCAAAGCCUCAUUGUCACCAUCGGCAAUGGUGCAACUACGCUCUCCAUGGCACUCUCCUGUGCCCUACCUCUUUGGAGGGCUAGCUGCGAUGCUGGGUCUCAUUGCUUUUGCUCUCUUGAUUUUAGCUUGCUCCUACUGGCGGCUUUCUGGUCGUUUGGACAACAACAGUGAAGGAGCUGAUGCCGAAAGAGAUAUUGAAAGUGGUGAAAAAGAGGGUGAUUCAAACAAGCAGGUGAUGGUUUAUGAGGAGAAGAUUUUGGUGAUAAUGGCUGGUGAGGAGAAACCUACGUUCUUGGCUACCCCUGUAUUUACUAAAGCUUCCUCUUUUGGUGAUAAAAAUGGUAAGUUUGAGGACAAGGAAGGAUCGGCGAAAGCUGAAAGUGGUGAGAAAGUGAAAGAAGAGAUGGGUGAUGAUCAAUGCCAACAAUAACAGAAAGCUCAGAGAACCAUCAUGGUAGCCAACAACCCAAGACCAAAAUUUAACCAGUGAGCUUAGCUCUUAGCUUCUUUCCUUCUUCUUUUUUUUUUUUUUUUUCAUUUUGGCCUCUCUUUGCAGAGAGUGAGGAUUUUCCCUGUUUCGAUUUUCCUUUCUUCUUCUCUUCUUCCUCUUUUUCGUUUGAUGUUUUUUGGGUUUUGCCGUCUCUGUCCUGAGAACUUGUUGCUGCUUUUGACAGUCGGGACACGUAAAUUUUGCUGAGAAGAUAAAUUAGACGUGAAAGAGUUUUCUUCCCAAAUCCCAGCUGAUUCCAUAAACGAAGCAGGUUACAAUUUCUUGUGUCAUCAAAUUUUCAAAGCAUUUACCAGUUGGCCUAACCAGCACAUUUUGCCUUUGACAUCAACAAAGGUAAACUAAUAAAAACUAAUAACCCAUUAUUGAAC